AAACCUAAACGGAUGUUCACGUAACGGUCACGUGACGAUGAACAACUCACCGAUGACGGCUGCGCGGUCUUGAAUGACGCUGUACGUAAAAGAUGGCGGCGACCUUGUGUGGAACGUUACUAGCGAAAUCAGGAUGGCUGCCACUGACGCAGUGUGGCCGGGUUCGACACAUGUCCAAAUCAGUGACCCGCCACAAGAGGCCCAUGCACAUUAUAAAACAGAAGCUAAUGGCUGUUACAGAAUACAUUCCUCCUAAACGGCUAGCAGCAGGCGCGUAUCCAUCCCAAAACAAAAAGGUGGAAGUGGAAAGCGGUCUGGUGUUGCUCUUGAAGAAGGAAGUGAAGAAGGUAUUCCAGGACUGCAAGAUGAUUGCGGUGGUCCAGAACAACGCCAGCAACUCUGAGGACAUGUUGACCCUGAGGCACCGGCUUCACAAGCACAGCCUCACCGUCAAGUUCUUCCCAAACCAGGUUAUGAGGUCCUUCCUGAAGGACAGCGAGUUCUGCAACAUGGCCCCUCUGUUCAUUGGGUCAACGGUGCUGAUCAUCAGUACACAGGGCAAGGUGAAGGAGAUGCUGUCCACUCUGAGGGGCAGCCCACAGAUGGUGCUGCUGGGCGCCUGCGUGGACGGCACCCUGCUGAGCGCCCAGGGCGUGCAGCACUACUCCAAGCUGCCCUCGGUCAGCGUGGUGCAGGGGGAGCUGGUCAGCGGCCUGACCCUGCUGUCGUCCCGCACGGCCUCCCUGCUCCAGCACCACCCGGCCCGCCUGUCGGCGCUGCUCCAGCAGUACGUCAGCCAGCAGGGGGCGCCGGCCGCGGAGCCACGCCCCCAGGAGUCAGAGGGAGUGGCGGCGCAGUCCUAGGGGGCUCGUUGGGCCCCGUGGGAACACUGCGGGCCUCCACCGCGCUGUGGAGGUGAUCUGGUCCAAGAUGGAAGGCUCACCGGGACAGGACUUGUCUAGUGCGUCUUCCGCACAGCACCGUUCUUUUGGGGUUUUAUAGACUGCCGGAGGGAUUUGUUGUGAAAAAUACGCUACUACUACCACUCUUUAAAAUGUCUGGAGUGGCUUUAUGGCGCUUCAACCCCACUGAAGACAUUGGUGUGCACGUCCUCAUGAACAUUAUGGCUUCUUAAAUGUUGUUGAAAUGUAUCUUUUUGGUUUGAUUCUCAUGUGGUGUUUUAUUUAAUGACAUUAAAACCAUGAGCAACACAUAACUCCUGUUUUAGUGUUGCACAAUAAAUACUACAAAAUGGGUUCAGCUUGCCCCUUUUGGUGGUUUAGCAUAUUAAUGAAUGUAAGCAAAAGAAGAAUGGCAAGUUCCUAAACUAGUCCAGCCAUACGUUCUACACUGAUGUCUGCUUCAGAGACAUGGACAAGUUUUUGAACACGCAUAUUAUGUUAUGGCAGGGUGUAUGUGUGGAUGGGCUGAGCCCCGUGGGGCAAGCAGUUGAUUUUGAUGUCCACGUUAAGCUUCUCGGAGCUUAAUACGGAACACUGGUUACCACCACUAGGGGGAGCUAAAGCUACCCUUCCAGGCUCGCUAACGAGUGGUCUGUGGCGUAGUCUCAUCCACCUUCUCCCUUCUCUUGUGCUGUUGGCAAAGCUGUUAGCCGAAUAAAUGUCAGAUCAUGAUCCAUUUUAUGAUCUGACAAACAUAAAUUAUACUCCUAUCGAUAAUCCCUAUAUUAUUAUUGUUGCACUGUAUAUUGUAGUUGGUAAGGUUAAACCUAUAGUUAUAAAUCUGUCUACAUCGGGUGGAGUGGGUGCACUUAAACUUUAACAAUAUAAACACUAACAAUGACUAAGGUGAAAUUCAAGAAGAGCACUAAACUAUUAUUUAGAUUGGAACAGAGUCAAAUGAUUGUCCAGCAGUUACUGAGCCUGCCCCAUUUGUUUAGUUUACUACAGGCCAUAUGGGAAAACAAGUAAAGGGCAGAUAAAACAACAAAAGAAAGCAAAUAUUAAAGUAGUGAAAAACAAACAAUAUGUAGAUUUUAUUUAUUGUUUAUUUAAACCCUAUUUACCCCUUGUGGGUCAACUGUCUAUCCAUAUGUUCUCCAACACAUAAGUUAAUAAUUGUGUUGUUUUCCAUUUCCUUCUGGUC